AGAGAUAGAUAAACAGGAACUCUUUUUGUAAAAAGAAUCUUUUUAUCCUUUAAACUAUUGCUAAGCAACAUGUCAACUACAGCCCUACGUCUCACACAGUAGUAAACGGGUGGGGUGAAACAAUCAAAAAGAAACCAUGUCUGAUAGGUUUCUCAGCUCAAGUAAAGGACCAGCAUUCUGUAAAUAUGCUACAAGUAAAGGCCAAAAUCUUUUUGAGCGUGGGUACUGGAACCCCAUGCCGGUUAACUCUUACCUAAGUGGUGAUGGGAUGUCUCACUGCUAUCGUGGUCCAGCAUAUUAUGUUCCCUCUGAAAGAGCAUGGAUAGAUUAUAAAGACUACAGAUCACUUCCGCCAUUGACACGUCGUGAUGCAAUACACAUGGAUAGUGAAGAUAAAUACAGAGAGUUUCAGAGGAAAAGAGAUAGUAGACCAAACCCAGCAGGAAUAUCUAUGUCUGGUUAUCCAAUGAACUUUACUGGAGUUCCUUAUCCCCAACUUAUCCCCUUCCACACUGAUGCAUGGAGAAGACGUUGGGAUGGACCAGGCAAUUUUGUUCCACCUGUUGAUAAGUGGGUUCAUGAAAACCCUGGCUCCUUGUACCAAGCAUACAAGUUCUAUAAUGAAGAAGAUUAUGACAAAUUUCGUCACCUGAAUGAAGCACCAACAUACCGCCAAAAAGUUGUGCGGUAACUGAUUUAAGUCAUGUUACUUAAAAUAAUAAUUGUUUCUACAUGUCUAUAAAAUACCAUCAUCUUGAAAUGUUUCUUUUAAAAUAUGUAGAUCAAUUUUUAAAAAUGGAAUUUUCUGUGUUAUUUUUUGAAAAUGUAACACAGCUUGCUAUUCCACUGAAUGAACAGUUUACAAAUUUAAUUUCAAAUUUAUCAGUAUUACACUUUUAAUUAUAUAUGCUUAUUUAUAUAUAUAUAUAUAUAUAUAAAUAUAUGUAUAUUUUUUCAAAUAUGCUUAGGCCUAAGUAUUAUUUUUUUUGUUACGAACAAAAAUAUGUAAAACUACAUCCAGUAAAUCAAUUUGGUAGCUAUAGUUAAAUUGAAGUUUUUCUUAUAUUUAUAUCUCUUCAAAAUGUAACUUCCUAGUACUUUUCAAACUUCUGUAAUAUCAGCAUUUUAAUUAAGUGUGAUUAACAACAAAACAUGUUAUUUUAGAAUAUACAGCUUAUUUAUUUUCAAGUAAACAAG